AGUAAUGUUGAAAUCAUUUUGAAACAUAUAUUUCAAGCCAUUUCAGUAUUACUGUAUUGUUUUGAGAUAGUCAUAGGUGAUAACAAUGAUGCGUUGGACUUUUUUGUUGAUUACUUGCAUACAAUUAACGUAUUGUAAAGUAAUAGUACGACCAAUUGGUGAAUUGGAUUGGUGGCAAAAUUCUAUAAUUUACGAAAUAUUCCCGUUGUCAUUCAAGGAUUCAGAUGGUGAUGGAUCGGGCGAUUUUAAAGGAAUAACUCAAAAAUUGGAUUACCUCGUCGAUCUAGGGGUAACCGCAAUUUGGAUAACGCCAUUUUUCGAAUCACCUUUAGAAUCUGGUGGUUACGACAUAUCCAAUUAUCUAGAAGUAGAAAAUGUUUUUGGUACAGUUGAUGAUUUUAAAGAUCUUUUAAACGCUGCACAUUCAAAAAAUUUAAAAGUUAUAAUGGACUUUGUACCUAAUCAUACCAGUGAUAAACACAUUUGGUUUAAAAGGUCUGUCAAUAAAGAUACUCGUUACGCAGAUUACUAUAUUUGGAAAGAUGCAAAAAAUCAAGCGGAAGUGAUAAAAAAUAACACUAUAACUCCCAUUGUUCCCAAUAACUGGCAAAUGAUUUGUGAUAACGCCAGUUCUUGGGUUUGGCAUAAUACUCGCAAACAGUUUUAUUUCACUCAGUUUAUUAAAAAUUUACCAGAUUUAAACUUUCGUAACGAAAAAGUUCACGAAGAAAUGAAGAAUAUUUUGAACUAUUGGUUAGAAUUAGGAAUUGAUGGUAUUCGAAUAGAUGCGUUAAAACAUGUAUACGAAAGCGAAUCAUUGAAAGACGAACCAAAAUUAAAAAAUAAUAAUCCAGAAGUUGAUUACAUUAAUUUAGAUCAUAUUUAUACAAUAGACCAAGAUGAAGUAUAUGAUUUGAUUAAAGAAUGGCAUUUAUUACUAGAUGAAUUUAAACAAAAAGAUCAUCGUACAAGGAUAAUAAUGACUGAAUCAUACAGUAAUCACAGUAUUUUAUAUAAGUAUUACACUAGCGGAGCUGAAGUACCAACAAAUUUUAAUUUAAUGGAAGAUCAUAAUAGUACUCCGGAAGGUUUUCAGAGAGCAAUAGAAGAAUGGAUAACUAAAAUGCCAUUUGGAUCAACAUUUAAUUCAGUGUUCCAAAACCACGACCAUCCAAGAUUUCCUACUUUUUACGGUACAGAAUUAAUUGAUGGACUUAACGCCUUGUCCUUAUUUCUACCGGGUGUAUCCAUAGUUCUGUAUGGUGGAGAAAUCGGAAUGGAAAACUUACCAGAUAGAAUUAAUUAUGCAAGAGGACCCAUGCAGUGGGACGACACGAAAUACGCGGGGUUCUCUGAUGGAACGCAUGAACCGUGGGUUGCAGUACACCCAGAUUAUGUCACGAGAAAUGUGAAAUCUGAAAGCUCCGAUCCUAAAAGUUAUUUGAACUUUUUCAAAUCAGUAUCGAAAUUACGGCAGACUGAAACGUUUAAAAGAGGAGGGUUGGCAACUAAUAUUUUUAACGAUACAGUGUUUGUUUUGAACAGAUUUUUACCAGGACAUGAGAAUUACACGUUACUUAUCAACAUGGAUACAAAUUAUACACAGCGUGUACGUUUAUCAGACAAAAUAUCAAAUUUAAAAGAUUCUUUAACUGUUGUUGUUGGAUCAGUAAACUCGAAUUUUGACACUGGAAAAUCAAUAUUAACAGCAGAUUUUUUCGAUCUAAGUCCCGGGGCCACAAUUAUACUAACUGAAGAGACUGAAGCCGGAUCAGUACAAUCAUCCAGUUCUCAGUUGUACAUAACAUUAAACUUACUAUUACUCUGCUUAUUUUUCAUUAAAAUCUGUAAUCUAUAGUGCUUAGAUUUCAUAAUAAAAUAAACAAUUAUUUUAAAAAGA